AUGGCGGUGGGAGCGCAAGCACACUUACGUGUGCUAAAGCAACCUGCAGUUGUUAACAGACUAAUAACAUAUCUUCAGCCAGCGGUCCAACGUGCAACGAGGAGUGAUAUCUUGAUAAUACCCCUUAGUAUUAUCAAUGAUAUCCUUCAGACCACCCCGGCUCUGCACAUGGAUGACCUCUCCACGUUGGUCCAGAUACUUGGAGAACCCCAGAAGCGGAGGCACUGUUCCAGGCUUGACAUUGUAUCUUUCCAGUGCAUUCUUUUCCUUUUUCUACACGCUCCAGCAUGCGUACAACGGGAGAAGGGUCUUUAUCUCCUUCUUGACGCGAUGAUUGAGUUGUCCGAUGUCCUGCGACAGGAUUUGAGCCAAGAGGCUAUGUUAACGGCAUUGCGACGUAAGGCGACUUUGUGCCAGAAGACUUGUAUCCAGCUUGUGCAUUGCUUUACACGUGGAAAUUACUCUAUGCCGAGGAAAUGGGCUGGUCAAUUCAUAUUGGAAUUGAUCCUUGAGUUUGAUAAGAAUAAACAUUUUCUUAUUUGUAUGCCGGAAGGAGUGCGGGGGAUCCUAGACGUCCUCUUCAAGGAUAACGACCAAUGCCUCCAGAUUAUUGCUGCAGCCAUUAUGAAAGAGGUAGCCAGUUGUGAAUCUAGGUUCUCAGAACUAUCUGGAAUUGAUAACCGCAUCGAAUUACUCAAGAGGAGCCCAGGCUUCCUUCUACCAACGUGGAGCUUCCAGUGGGCCAAGGAGGUUAUGAAGAUUAUAUCCCAUUAUGUUACGCCGCAUCCGGGUGCAUUUUGCGCCCUGGUUGUUUCUAUCGAGGGAUUGGCGGAAUACGUCACCUCAGCGGAUUUUUCUUUUCUCACAGUUUCCCAAAAUGGCCUUGCCGUCCUAAUCAUGCAUAUAUCCCGUUUUAACCUCAUAGAAAUUCCCUUGGCCUGGAUUGAAAGUGUACAAGCAAGGCGUGAUGAACUAAUAGUCCUUCUUAGGCACGGCUAUUACUCGACAAUGAAUGGAGUCCAACUGCACUUGAAUAACAUCUCCAUUCGGAUGGAAGCACCUCAUGACGUGGAAGCAGCGAUAAAGGCGGUCAAGGAUAUUAAAGGUCGGAAUAUUGACUAUGAUGACGGUAUAUCUUUACAUGACACUAAAAAGUAUAUAUCUUCAGGAUUGCCUGUCAGCGACAACGGGUCACCUCAAUAUAAUGGCCCAAAUGAAAGGGCAGUAGCAGUUAUCGCUUUCCAGGGAUGUAUGAAUGAGUUUGAACACGGUUCCCCAGGCUCUCAUGCAUCCAUCCGUCAAGGCAGCGACUACGACGUUUGUUCCACGCGAUGGCAAGAAACCCAUCGGCCACCUUCAUCUGCCAUACUUGAGCUGCCAACCGGAGAAGAAGUUCUAUCCGCGUCACAGCUAUGUCUACAGCCCAGGGGUACUCAAAACUCUCAAAUACAUCACCAGCAACCACACAAACAACAUGAUUCUAAACUGAUCGGAAAUACACCCGCGACUAGAGAUUUACAUCCCACAAAUCAGGCACGAAAGCUGAACACUUGUCUGCACUCUUUAGAACGGCGCCCCCAGCAAGUAAUAGUGCAGGCUAGGGGAGAUCGGGUCGAAGUCUUGCAAACUUCGCCAAACUCAUCGUCUUCGGCAAAUUCAACCGUAGCGAAAGUUGGAGAGGUGGACCGUGCGGCGGGGUUGUUGAGGGACUUGCCUAAUUUGGCAAAUCCAACACUCUUACCUCAACGUCAACUCUUGGACUCCAACUUGCAAACAGCAGAGAAGCAGGCGCUGAGUACAUCGUGUGUCGAAGAAACAACAUGCUGGAAGCCAGCAUCAGGUGCUGAGAAGACCGUAACAAUCAUACCUGAUUCACAGCCCGAGAUUGACCUACUAGAUACCAUGACACCUUUCAAACCACCUCAGGAGACUAGAAAACCCAAGGGCGAGUCCAAUUCAACGAAUAACUCUCGUUUAAAGCGACCUGCGCAUAAGCUAUGUGGUUCUUCUACGAAGAAAGCGGACCUCGACUGGGAAGAAGGUCUCCGUGUGAAACCGGAAACCCCCCAGCCACAAGCAGAGACCGCUGCGUCCGCGAAGAAUGCUAAGAGCAUACUACAAGAUAUUGAUGAGGCCGGUAUUUCCAAAAGUAUGAACAAACCGAAUCGUGGGACCAAACGAAAUGUCAGGACACAAAAAUCGACGCCUCAUGCUGGUAAUGCUUUGGCAACACAAGACAAGAGCAGCCAUCAAGUUGCUAAGACAAUGGCUUCCGCUCGCCAACCUCGAAAUGCUGCAGACACGGCCAACAAAAAGAUUGCCCUCGCAACGGAGCAGGAAAAUGUUAUAUACGAACUUGACGACCCGAUUGAGUCAAGCUACUCAGCGUCGAUAAGCUUGGAAGACCUCGCAGAACAUUUCCAGGCUAACGACCAAUCAAUGCGAAAACCGCAACUAUCUCCGCCUGAUGUUUGCGCUAGAGCUCCAACAAUCCCAUUCAAUAACGGCUCAAUUGAUCCUUCGGGAGGAGUACCUCCACCAUACAGCAAACAUACUGUGCCAAAACAAAUAAGCCUAUGCAUGGCUCCCGAGGCCGCAGUGCAGCAAGUUACACAGUCUCAGAAAUCAGAGCCGACUAAGCCUGAUAGCCGAAGGGAACCUGUCAUAGACUUAUGCAGCGACAACCCUCAGAAUAUGGGUAUCGACCAAACCAGGCGAAGUACAGCCAACCCAAAAUCAAUGAUGAAAUUGUCGGAGCGAAUAGCGGGUGACAUUCCACAAGGGGCUUCUGAGGGAACCGAACCUCAAUCUAUAGCAAAGGAACUUGCUACUACAUUAGCAAGCGGGGGACUUCCACCUGCUAUGGAAGGACAGAAAAUCAAACGCUCCGAUAGAAAAGAAUGCAAGGGCCCAGAACCAGAACCACAAGAUCAAAGAAAGUUUUCUAUUGGCAAUGGUUGUCUAGUUUCUACGAAUGUGUCUCAAUUCAUGUCUCGCAAUCAGCCGACAGCUCAUCAGCCGAUUCUUACGUCAACGAGCCGCAACCCAGACCAGAAGCGAUCAAACGAUCUAAAAAUAUCUAACUCAAAAUCAAAUGACACUAAUGCUGGUAAACUUUUCAUGCCGGUUGGGAAUCAACCUACAGAGGCGAUGCUGACAAAAAUGAAUCCAACAGUACCAAAGGCGUGCGAACAGCAAAAGCCUCCUAGAUCCGUUAAGUUUGAUUUAGAUAGUUAUAGUCAUACGCCUAGUAUCGAGUCAUCAGAUAAUGCUAUUACACCCCCUGGACCAGCGGGUGUCGACGAAAAAGCUGUAUUUCUUGCUGCCAGCGAGAGCGCGGAUACCUCUCCACCACUAGGCUUAAGGGAUAAUCAUGCUCCUAGUGCCCCGGUGAGUGGUGAGGGUGAAAUCAAACAGCCGGCCUCCUGCGCUAUGAACGAGCGACCGAAAUAUACAUCAGUGCGCAAAAAACAGAUUGGAUGGCAAUUUCGGACGGUUGACGAGAAGGGAAGCCCAAUACCACGGCUGCAAAUGAACAAACAUAAUUGCGACCAUUAUACCCUUGAAAUGUCUAGACCAGAACACCACAUUGAGCCAGCUCAUGUACGUAUGCCACCUUUGAGCUCCGGACGUACCCAGCUUCAAGGAAAGUCUGCUAUCAAUUCACCAGCGUAUAGGCAUAUGGAGAAGAGUAGCAAGCAAGGUAUAGCCGACGGGGAUUCAUUUCAACCCUCGAAUAUGUUUGAACCAAGGGAGAGGCAUAGCGACCGGCGUGUUCCAAUGAAAAAAAAUGACAUAUUCUAUGAUAAUGAAGUACCUAGUGAGAAACUUGGGCACCAAGCGAAGCCAGCUACAUCAACUCAGGAUAAUACAGUUGAAUUGAUACGGCGAUUGAACUUUUAUCAAGCCAAGCGAAUACCCCAACACGUGGACAGGGAACGCCCUUCAAUAGACGCUAGGGGAUCAACACAGUUCAACACCAUAUACCAAGAGGAGCAUGGAGUAAACGUAGAGGUAGAGACUGAUGACGAAUGCUUACCACAGCUCUGGCGGCAAAAGCUCACACAACCAGUGGAGCCUCGAGAUCUUAGAGGGAUGAAACAAAUCUCGGAUAACAAUGAAGGAAACGUGGAUCUACUGCUGAAUACAAGUAAAUACCUUUCCCAUGAGCUAUGGCAAACUGAAAAUCGCCUAUACAAUUCGGUGGACAUUUAUCGAGUUGGUUGUACUCGGAUGCUUGGGCAGCUGGAAGAUCUCUAUUCUGAAAAGCUUGGCCAAAGUGAGCAUGCUCUCAGACCGAUCAAGAGAAGAUUUCUAGGGAUGUUUGACAAAAUGAGAGCUUUGCAAAGAUAG